UGUGCAUUUGUAACGUACAUCGUCUUCUCGUCGACAGACGGCGAUCCGGAGUCGGUCCCUGUGAAGUUCAUUCCUUGGUGCAUGGUCAAGCCGAGGGGUAAGCUCGUGGUGUCGCGUGGGUUAGCUCACCUAAUGUUAUGAGGAAGCUGGGAUUGCAGCCGUGGAGCUGCGGGUGCACGCUCAUGGGGCCCUUCACCAACCCCCAGCAGUGCAUUCGGCGCAGGGCGAGCUAUCUUGGCCCUCUUUUUCAUCGCCCCCGGGAGGGCUCUGUUGGGGGAUUGGCGUGGCGUCAGAAUCAAGCGCGCUCCGUUCUAGUUUCCGCUCGGCAGGGAAGCAGAGAGACAGAGUGUGAAGAGGUUUAUGGCUGGGACCAAAUCCUUGCCAGGCCAUGGCUGCUGUCCAAUGCGGCGACCAAGACGACGAAAGUGGGGUUUAGGGAAGGGCGAUGGCGAGUGGACGAAAUAGGAGAUUUUUCGGGCCCUUGUUUUCACGUAAUUCGAGACGACUUGCUUCAUCCUAUGAUGGGAGGCAACAAGCUUCGGAAACUGGAUGCAAUUAUUCCACUUCUUCAAGCGCAUGAAGUCACUGAUGUUGUCACGUGCGGAGGUUGUCAAAGUGCACACACGGCUGCCGUAGCUGUUGCAUGCGCGGAGGUUGGCAUGAAGGCUCACUUGUUGCUUCGAGGAGAGAGGCCAGCUAUUCCAACAGGGUAUAAUCUAGUGGCCGGAAUGUAUGGCUAUGUUACAUACAUCCCUCGUUCAGAAUAUGCUGACAGGCACGCGAUGCUUCACAAGUACGCCUUACAAGUUGCUGGUGAUCCUUCUUGCGUCAUCUCUAUACAUCACAAAAUAUUAAAUGAAUCUUCAUUUUCUGGUUGGAAAAUGGUUCCGGGUGAGGUUGCAAGUGGAAACGGAAGGAAAGUGGCAAUUUUGAACGAAGGUGCUGGUGAUUGCCAUGCUUUGCCAGGAUUGAUUCGGCUGGUGGAUUACUUGUCGCAUCCAUCUAAAUUUGGAAAGAAAGAGCGUCUGCAUGUCAUUGUCGACAGUGGCACUGGGACCACAGCCGUCGGGCUGGCUCUUGGCAUUGCUCUCAAGAGACUACCUUGGAAAGUGGUGGGCGUGAUGCUUGCAGAUACUCGUGAAGGUUACGAGAAGCAGGCUGAUAGACUACUCGCUGAGUUCGCCCACGAAUAUCAUGGGCACACAUGGGAGGUGGAGUUGUGUCAAAAAGGCUCCGACCUUCCGAUACUCUGGCAAGAGCGAUGCCAACCUCGUAAAUUUGGUCGAAUAUUACGUGGUGAGAUAGAAAUUUGCCAACGUGUUGCACGAGAGACGGGCAUUUUAUUAGACCCUAUCUACACUCUUGCGGGGUGGGAGUCGGCCAACAAACUGUGUCAUAGCGCAGCUGGUGACGACGCUGAAGAAGUAGUGUUGCUGCACACAGGUGGGACACUGGGCUUAUUUGGGCUAGCCCAGAGGUACCCUCUUCAAUUUUAAAUCAGACUGGGAGAGAAUCAUCGAGCUCCACGAGACCCUAAAACGUAGGCCUGCUGUUCAAAGCUUUGGGGAGCUUUCUGGAAGGUUAGCCUCCCAUAUACCCUUGUUUAGGGAACCGCCUGAUAUCUCUCAAAAGUUUCAAUCUGAGCAUCAGUAUUUGAGCUUUUCCUCUUCUGUGGGAGCUUCAGUCUCCAUCCGACAUCACUGGGCACCAUGUCAUGAUUAUUCGAGCUGGACGUGUUCUCCUCCUACACGACUUGUGCGUGGAAGUUGCGUAUGGUUUGCGAGAUGUCUCAGUUUCUACAGCGACCCAUGAACUGAUGCUUUGCGGGUCACCCGCUAAUGUGACCUGUGAGUUAGGGGAGGUGGCCCCCCAAUCUCUCUAAUAAUGCAUGCUCUUUGUAUGAUGAACCGAGGGUAAGUUGGUGGGGCCUUCAAACUGCAGGAGUGUGCAUAUGAAUUGAUUGCUGCUAGCUAGAAUACUAUAAUGGUUGAAUCUAGCACUUCAUUCUUCCUCAUUUAUGGCCUUGCAGGAACCCUGUCUUAUACAGUGAUUGGUCCGAUACGUCACUGUGAAAUACAGUAGAAAAGUAAAAAGACAACAAUACUAGUGUAGGCUCAUAUCAUGAUCGAGAAAUGGCUGGAUUGGUCACUUGGGUCUCAAUAAGUACAUUCCAUCAACCAGUUUCCUUUUGAUUAGCAUGUUGUGGAAUUGCUUGUUUGGGUAUGUGUUGUGUCCAGAUUGAUGUAAUAUGUGCCUAGGUAGCCAAAUAUGUUACAUGUAGAGUAUAUGCACAAUGUAUGUUGUAAUCUUUGAUUUAUAAAAAUGUAUCCAACAUUUUCCUUA